CGAUACAUGAAGCAGGCUCAGGCCCUAGGCCCUCAGAUGAUGGAAAAACCCCUAUACUGGGGGGCAGACAGGAGCUCCCAGGUUUCAUCUUAUCCAAUGAACCUGCUGCUGCAGCGAGAUUUGUCCCUGCGAUCCAGCCUCCCUCAGAUGCCAGUGAACCAGAUCACCACUCACCCUCCCGUCACCAGUGGUAUCCUGGAAUAUUUGGAGAAGGAGCUUCAGAACCUUAACGCAGCCCAGCCACUACCCCCUAACCUCAGAGCUGUAGCUGGCCAACCCGGCAGCAUGCUGUCCUCUCUCGGCUCGGAGGUCGUAGAACGCAGGAUCAUCCACCUGCCCCCGCUGAUCAGAGACCCGCCGUCCUCACAGAGGACCAGCAACUCCUCCCACCAGCAGUGGCUCACCCCAGUUCCCCCUGGGCCCUGGGGUCUGAGAGAGGGGAGGAGGCAACGCCACUCCUCUGAUUUCCACCAGGAGCCCCAGGUCCAGGAUCCUAAGCACUGGGCAUUGGAGAGAAGGGAGCGGGACCAGCUGUGGAGUGGAAGGCGCCACGGCUCUAGGCCGCACGGGCCACCUGCGGCCUGGUCAGACAGAGACAGCCUCAGCGACGGCCCCUUGUCCAGCGGGGCCCACUGGCGGCCAAACCACCCUUCUCUCAGGAGCUGCUAUGCAGAGAGACCCCGGUGGCCUAGCCCCCACAAGAGCACGCAGAGGCCCCGGAGGCGAAGGCCCCGCAGCUACUCCCCUCCCCCGCCCUCAAGCCUCAGUUCCUGGAGCUCCGAGGAGGAGAAGGAGAGGCAGCCCCAGAGCUGGGCGGCCCACCGCCGCAGGUCUCACUCCCCAAACUGGCCAGAGGAGAAGCCACCCAGCUACCGCUCACUGGAUGUCAUCUCAAGCAAGAAUGGCAGGAAAAAAGGGAGUGUGGAGAGGCCUUCGGAGAGAGACAGCUCCCAUAGUGGAAGGAGUGUGGUCAUUUAGUCACCGAGCACAAAACACUUAUGUGGCUACGUCUCAGCUCCUGCCUGUCAUCAGCAUCACCUAAAUUUCCAGCUGACCUGGGAGGGGCUUUCCAGUUGUCUUGGGAGGGACAUUACAAGUCUAUAUUUAACAAUUUUGGCUUCGAUUCUGAGAAUCAAAUAGAAGAAUAUAAAAAAUAAGAGUUUGAGGAAUUGAUGACUGUAGUUUUAUGCUUGGUUCACACUCUGCAUUUUUAGAUAGUCUCUGACUUGUGGAUGUGAUUACAUCCUGCCUGGGAUAUGAUCCCUCAGGAACUUAGUAGCCUGACUCUUCAGCUAGGUUUCACUGCUCAGAACUAUGGCCGUUUUAAAAGAGAGAACUCGGGAAUCUUUCAGAGGAAAUUAAACAUUACAGGAGCAGAAAAUCUAUUGAGUAUUACAGGGAUGUUUCUGUGGGAGCUUGUUUUUAUCUCUGUAGCAUAUCUCCAUGUUAGGAGCCCACCAUGUCACACCCAUUCCUGGUCCUCAGUGUUCCUGAGGGUCCAGUCAGAGAUGGCAUAAGACAUACUCCAGCAAUGUGCCCUUCAUGGAUUAUGUAUUACAAAUGUAGAAAAUUACAGAGAAGCAAUUUUGCACCAGA